AUGCUUUCAGAUGUAUCCCAGCUUGUCGAGCCUCCAAAGUCGUCUGUGGAAGGCCCCGCCAAAGUUCAGCCAAAUAACGUUACUUCUCCCAGGAACACGCUUAGCUCCAGCACUGGCCUCGUUAUUGCCUAUAACGAGCCUUCUGCCCACCCUAAAAAUGUACCUGUGCCUCAGUCAAAAGACAACCAUCAACCCGACAAGCCCACUGGGUUGCCUUUUGAUGAAGAGGCUAAGCUAGUCUAUGGGGUCCUUCUCUCUCUGCGCCAUAUGGUCCAGAAACUGUCUGGCCGCACAGACGAAGCUUUUUCGAGUUACACAACUGCAGCCUAUAAGCUCCAUUAUUUUGAAACAAUGUCUGGAUACAAGUUCAUAAUGCUAACCGAUCCUUCUGCGGAUGCGCUUCGAUUUAUCUUGCGACAGAUUUACACCGGUCCAUUCAUUGAGCAUGUUGUACGGAACCCGUUGUCAGAACUUGACUCCCGGAGCCGAGGAAUAGAUAAUCCUCACUUUCGUGCCGCGACGGACAAAUUGGUCCAGAAUCUAAGCAUAUUCGCUUGA